AUGAACAAUAAUCAAGCCUUGCCCCAGGCUCAACCAGUACUACAGCCAGUACAACAGGAAGCACAACCACAACUGCCAGCACAGCAACCCCAGGCUCAACCAGCACCACAACAAGUUCAACAAAACAUUUUACCUCCAGUCGUAUUUGAGAAUGCACAGCUCUUACAGUUAAUACAAGCAUUAGUUAGACCACAAGAGAAUGUAGUAGAGAGAGAGAAAAGAGAGAGAGAGAGGAAAGAGAAAGCGAUCAGAGAUGCAAUCCCACAUUGUAAAUGGUCAGAGAAGACUGCAUCUAUCCACAGUUGGACAGUCAAUCUGAGACAGAUGAUGGUCAACACUGACUGUACCGAAGAGGAAUUGGCCAAUCACAUGGGUCAAUUGUUUGACGAACCAGAUCGUACAUGGUACUACUUGCUCAAUCCCAGACCUGUCACAGUACAAACUUUGUUGGAAGCCAUGAACACAAGAUUCGACAUUGCUAGCAAGAACAUAAUGUUGAGAACAGAGUUGGAGCACUUACAUCAGAAUGGAUCACCCAUUGCCAACUUCAACUCUCGAUAUGGAGAAAAGUUGCACACGUUGACAUGA